UAACUCCUAUUCAAAAUAUCAAGUUAUAUUUGAGAUAUUCAAGUGAGAAUGAGGAAAGCCCUUUCAAGGUCAUCUUUACAAUGGACUUUUUUCUUAGUAUUUAUAUUGUACGUUUCUUCGUCCUUUGCCAUACCGAAGAUCCCAUUCAAUGUGGGGAUUUUACUCGAUAAAACCUGGAACACAACCAACGUAAGCUUCUCCAGUGUCAACCUUCAACCGGUUAUUUUAUCCACACACGGGCUAGGAUUUGAAGAAAUUGUUACCCAAGGAUGUCAUAAAUUUUCUGCCAAGAAAAUUGUUUCACUGAUCGGCCCUGAAGGUGGGUUGGUGGGAGGAGUUGGUCAGACUAUAGCGCAGCAUUUUUCUAUUCCAUACAUUGGAUUAGGGAUGCGAGUCAAUAAAAUGCACGACAAGCACGUCAACUUGAGUCCGACAAUCUCGGCCCAGGCUGAAGCGAUCAUCGGACUUGCUAUAGAAUUUGGUAGCCCGUGUAUUGGGAUCUUCAUGUCGUCACAAGACCCCGCGGGAAUUAGUCACGAGAUCCGCAAGAAGGCCAACUCACUUACACUCAAAUUCAACAUCAAUGAAGUUAUGGUUGGUCGAUCAGUGCAAGAGUAUGACUUCUUAGCAAUAUCCAGAGAAGCUUUAGUAAUGAACAGAAGUGGAUAUUGUAUUGUUGUACUGGAGUGUGGUAAAUCUAUGGCUACUUUCAUCCAGCAAGUCACAGAUUCCCUCGGUAUCCCCUUGGGGAAGUUCCUCUGGGUAACGUUUGACGAUAAAAAUCUCACUCCACAAGACGAUGUAAAGAACGUUCCAGUGGGGAUCCUCUGGAUGCGGUUAUCGUACAACUGGAUAGAUCUAGUGACUGAUGGCUUGCGGUUAGUGGACAAGACGCUUCAGUCACAGCAGUGGACGUUGAACUCAAGUACUGUGAACACUUCCUGUCUUCAACCGGUGACAUCGUGGAUCGAUAGCAAGCUGUUCUUCAGGAAAAUGAUUGAACAAAGUUUCGUCGGUAAAACUGGAGCCUUGAGCCUAUCAAGUCAAGGACAGCGGCAAACCGUGCCAUAUGACAUACUGCGCAUGUCAAUAAAUCCACAGGGUCAAAAGUUUUGGGAAGAAGUAGGAUCUGCGAGUAGCACGUCAGUACACCUCAGUAGCAAUUUCUGGACGAAAAACUUCAGUCAUCCCGCUUCAAACCUCAUACGGAUGACUACAAUAGAAGAUGACCCUGUUAUCAUUGUCAGUAAGGGUGUCCUCAAAGACAGCGAAGAUUGCACCCUCUCACAGCUUUGCAUCCGAUUUGAACGUGUCAAAAUCCCUGGUACAAACAAAACGCAGAUACAAAGGCUUAGAAAAUGCUGCAUUGGUUAUGCUAUUGAUAUUCUAGAGCAUCUUAAGAAGGAUCUUGGCUUUAAUGUUGAGUUGUAUUUCGUUGAGGAUGGUUUUUACGGCGGCUACGACCCCAAGACCAAAACUUGGAAUGGCCUGAUAAAUGAACUUAUCCAAGGCAAAGCAGACAUGACGCUCACUACACUUACCAUCAAUGAAGUUCGUUCACGUGUUAUUGACUACUCCAACGCGUUUCUUUACGGAGAAACCAAAAUCAUGCUUGGUCAAGGAAAGAAAACAGUGAAUGUCAUAGAGAUGGGGUUCCUUGCUCCGUUUGAUACAAACCUAUGGCUGGUCUCGCUACUAGCCAUCAACGUCACUCUUGUUGUGGUGUGGUUAAUCGAGCGGUUCAGUCCUUAUGGGCAUUUUAACACACACAAGGGAAGACUCAAGUAUAUUUUCGAUGCAUCAGCUUGUAUGUCUUUUAUCUGGAGUAGUGUAUUUAAACUACAGCUCGAUAGCGUUAACCCUAGGAGUGUUAGCGCCCGCACUACAUCAGCGGUGUUUGCCUUUGCCAUGCUCAUUCUUAUAUCUACUUAUACGGCAAACUUAGCAGCAUCCCUCGUAACGACAGAAAGCCAAAAAGUUUCCGAGAUCCGCGAUAAAAAGUUCACAGAUAAAUCGUCAGGUUUUAAAUUCGCUACUCUUAAACACAGCAGCACAGAAAUGGUUUUCUCUCAUAGUUCCGAUCCCGAGAUGAGACGUAUUUACCAAAAUAUGAAGCCAUAUCAGGUGUUGACUUACGCCGAAGCCACGCAAAAGCUUAAUUCAGGGGAACUAGAUGCAUUUAUCGAUGAUUCUCCAUUCAUUGACCUAACAGCGUCCAAGCAGCCAGACUGCUCAUUCAAAAUCGUCGGCCAUGCAAUCACUAUGCAUGGGUAUGGAUUCGCCUUUCCGAAAAACUCCAAGUGGACAACCCCAAUAUCUCAGUUGAUGCUCAAAUACGAAAGAAGAGACUAUUUCCGUCACUUGAGGAAAAAAUGGUUCACGGGUGUCUGUGACAACUCGAAGGAAGCACAAAGUAAAGCAUAUCGGAUGGAGUUCCAGCACUUUAGUGGGUUGUUCUUGGUUUCGUCAAUUGCUUUUGUCAUUUGUUUUGCUUUACUGAUUGUUGAAGUGUUCUUAAACCGAUGUCGACGCAAAAUCUUAACCACUUAUAACUUAAAGCAAUCACCGAACAGCGUUCGUGAGUUAACUGGUACGAACCUGGCUGUCAUAAGGCUAAGUGUCGAAGCCUUGACUGACAAUGUUAAAGCUGCGGACAGACGGAGUUCUACGUCUACUACGAUGACGAUAUGAAUCAGUCGAACCACAGGGAACCACACAAAUAGACGCAGUUGCGAGGAUAAGUUUUGAAGCCUUGACUGAUAAUGUUAAAAGUGCGGACAGACAGAGUUCUACAUCUACUACGAUGACCAGUUUGAAUCGUACCACAACCGUACCGUAUCAUAGGGCUAAGACUUUAACAUUCGGAGAUACUCUAGCUCGAUUCUUGAGCUUUUAGGACAUAGCAACGGUAACUAAGGGGAGUCGGAAGCUUGAGUACAAGACAUGCUAGUCUAACCCCAGUUAGCCCAGAAAUAGGCUAAGUUCUGUGUCUUACUAUAUUGGGUAAAAAUAUUAAGAAACUCAUACGAAUUGCGGAUUUCUGCGUGUAUGGACAAUGGCAAAGCAAAAUACCCAAUCAAUAAACAAGAAGCACAAAAUAUCACAUGAAAUAAUUCAGACAUUUCACGCGCCUUUUUCAAUCCCGUCUUCCGUAACGUAGGAAAUGAAAUUUGCGAGCACUUGUCAUCGCUUUUAAAAUAUGAAAAGUGUUUUAUAUAUCAAUGCGCAGCCACUAAUUGGUUGAGAAUCCGUGCUUUCUCAUAGGACAGAGGACGGUGCAGAGGUCAUCAUAAUGCGCGCGCCUCUCAGUUUGGAAAAAAAUAGUUUAAAAAGAAAACGAUUUUUUAAAGUUAUAAUUUAUUCCUUCUUUGUUAACUGUUUUAUAAAUCAAUGCGUAGCCACUUAUUGGUUGAAAAUCACCGUGCUUCCUCAUAGAACAGAGCACGAUGCUGACGUCAUCCUACUGCGCGCCCUUGUCAGUUUGAUAAAAAAAAUUAAAAAGCUCCUUUUAAAGCUAUAAUGUAUUUUCUUUCUUAUAAGAGUAAAGAGCUUUCCCGUUAUUCUUUCAGUAAUACGUCACAAAGGAAGCGCCAAAAGCACUCAAGAAGUGUGUUGACGUGUGAUCGGCUACGGCUCGUGCUUCAUCUCUUUUCACUUCUUCGACGUCCGUGCUUUUGUCACUUCCUGCUUACAGUAUUACCAGAUGAAACACGGAAGAGCUGUCAUAUGUCUUCAACAAUAGAAAUGCUAGUCUUGUAUUUCCUAAGCAUGAAGAUAUUAAUAAAAACAUCUAUAUUUA